AAACGAUCACUCUUUUAGUUCUUCGAUUAAACAACAAUUUAUCAAUGACUUUGAUUUUGUUAUUUGAUAGUUUUAAGUGAUUGAAAAAAGAAAAAAGAAAAAGUAAAACUCAAUUUGGUCUUCUUUCUCACGCGCGCGACCCAACCCCCUACCACCGCCCCUUACGUCUUGGGCCCUCAGCCACCGGUUUCUUUCACCGUCGCUGCCGGAGCUUCGCCGCUCUUCCGCCAGUUAGUGAAGCCCAGUAGUUCGCCGCGCUAGUUCUGUUGCCUAGCCCCAGCGGUGCGAGUUUCAGCCCCUGCUCGUUGAGAACGCCCAGCCGCCGUGCACUUCCAUCCGACCGCCGCCCAGCAUCCGUUUGCUGGUUGGUCAUCGUUGAAUCCCUGAGUUCGUCGGUUCUCGCUAUCCUUCGUCGGAAUCUGGUUAAAUCAGAAGAAAGUAAGCGGCUGUCCAGCGGGUUUAGUGUUGUGGAGCGACUUUUGGGUUGGAUCUUGAUUAAUUGCUUGGAUUAAAAUUUGUGAUCAAAUUCGAGAUAAAGCAAGAAUGAGAAUAGUAGGUCUUACUGGUGGGAUUUCAUCGGGGAAGAGCACUGUGUCCAACCUCUUCAAGGCCCAUGACAUUCCUAUAGUUGAUGCUGACCUCAUAGCUCGUGAUGUGGUAGAGAAAGGAACUGGUGGCUGGAAAAAGGUUGUUUCAGCUUUCGGGGAGGACAUUUUACUAUCUAAUGGUGAAAUUGAUAGGCGAAAACUGGGCCAGAUUGUUUUUGCUGAUCCUGCAAAGCGGAAACUUUUAAAUCAAUUAUUAGCUCCGUACAUAUCCUCUGGAAUCUUAUGGAAGAUUGUGAAGCUAUGGAUUAAAGGUUACAAGGUUAUAGUACUUGAUAUCCCUUUAUUAUUUGAAGCCAAGAUGGAUAGAUGGACAAAACCAACAAUUGUUGUAUGGGUGGAUUCUGAAACACAGCUUCAACGACUUGUUGCUAGGGAUGGACAGAGUCACGACGAUGCUCGGAACAGAAUAAAUGCUCAAAUGGCAUUGGAUCUUAAAAGGGAUAAAGCAGACAUUGUGAUCGACAACACUGGAUCUCUUGAUGACUUGAACCAACGGUUUCAAGAAGUGUUAUCCGAGGUGACAAAACCCUUGUCCUGGACCGAGUUUAUGCUUUCCAGACAAGGAGUAUUGACAACUCUGGUCGUUGUCAUCAUCAGUGCUAUCACUUGCAAAAAAAUUUACAACGGUGGAGUUUAGGCAUUUUCAUGGCCAUCUCUCGACCUUACCCUUAUUUUCGAAAAAAAAAUUGUCUUCCAUUGCAAUACGAUAAUAUUGCAUGAUCUGUGUUGUUGAUCUCCAUCAUAGAAUAAAGUACUGGGAAAAGUUCAUGUAUUGCUAUAGUAUGUUGGAAAACUUUCAUGUUUCCUUUGAGUGAAUUGUUAAUAGUUAUCUUAGAUCAAUCAAAUUUUUUUCUCCCUA